UGUUUAGACGAGCAUGACAACUAUUAUGAGGUAGAAGCGCAGGGUGUGAAGACACAAAUUUCUGCAAAAUAAUCUGCAAUUACCUGAAUUUCACUUCAUUAUAUCUACUAUAUUUAACUGAGAGUGUGAAUAUUAUGUUUUGUGAGGGUCUGCUCAUUUAAAAUAUAAAGCCUCUUCACUUAGUACUGUCCUACCUCAACUAAUUCAGUUUGUUAAAUGUUAUCUGACUGUGGGAUUAAAAGACAAGUCACUGGACAAUCUAUUAGAAUCAGGUCCUCCCUGAAAACAGCACCGUCUCUUCUGUCUCUUUUUCGUGACGUUCCAACUACAGUCGGGAGAGAUUGUCUUUGGUGACGGCUGCUCCAAGCUUUGCCGCUGUGCUGGAAACUACACACUCAGCUGUGUGGACAACUCCUGUAUUCCCACGGAGGAGUGUCGAGAGGUCAAUGGCGUGUCAGGCUGCUACCCCAAAGACACGUCCACCUGCACAGUGUCAGGUGACCCGCACUAUACCACGUUUGAUCGACGUUACUACGACUUCAUGGGCAACUGCAGCUACCUGUUGGCCAAGCCAUGCAACACCACCUUGGCCCCACCCUUCGCAGUGUAUGCCGACAACGAGAACCGAUACAACGUCCUGUCCGUCAGCUACCUGAAAGCUGUGCAUGUACACACCCUGGGAGUUGUCGUGUCGAUCUUGAAGGGUGGAGUGGUGCAGGUGAAUGGGACCACAGUAAACCUGCCUGCCAACCCGGCACAGGGACUGUCUGUCUUCCAGCAGGGGACACUCUGCACAGUGGUGGCAGAUUUUGGGGUGACUGUGCGCUAUGAUGGCAACCACUACAUGGACAUCAAAGUUACCAGCGACUACAAGAAUGUUCUUUGUGGUCUGUGUGGUGACUACAAUGCAAACCCCAAUGAUGACUUCCGUACUCCUGCUGGUCAACUCGUCACAGAUGCCAACGAGUUUGGCCACAGCUGGAAUUCUGAUCCUAACUGCAACAAGAAACCCAAUGAGACCAUCCCUGAAUGCACAGACAAUGAGCUGGAUGUGUUCCAGAGUCCAGCAUAUUGUGGAAUCUUGCUGGACGACAAGGGACCAUUCGCUGUCUGUCACCCAAGGGUCAACCCCAAUAAAUUCUUCAAAGAUUGUCUGUUUGACCUCUGCGCUCUGGGUGGAGCUCAGUCAUCAUUGUGUGAGGCUCUGGAGUCCUACGUCAAGGAGUGCCAGGACCGAGGAGUUGAUGUGGGGCCCUGGAGGAAUAGCACCUUCUGUCCUCUACGCUGCCCCCCCAACAGCCACUAUGAGGUGUGUGCCCCCGUCUGCCCUCCAUCCUGCACCCCUCCCAGUCCAGAGCAGUGCAACAGCCCAUGCGCAGAGGGAUGCGUUUGCGACCCAGGAUACGUCUACAGCUCAGGGCAGUGUGUCAAACGAGAGACCUGUGGCUGCCAGUACAAUGGGCAGUACUACCAGCCAGGAGAAGAAUUCUACACCGAGGGCUGUCAGUCAAAAUGCAAGUGUGAGGGUGGUGUUGUGACUUGCACAGAAGGUUCAUGUCCUCCACAACACAUCUGUGAGCUUCAGAACGGACAGCUUGGCUGCUACCCCAUAAGGCCCUGGUUCUCAGUGGAGGCCAAGAAUGAAGAAAGGGGAGUAGCAGGUGUCUCAUACCUGCGCAAAUUGUAUGUGACUGUCAAUGGAGUCACAGUCACACUGAUGAAGAGCAGGAGGACAUUGGUGAACGGACUGCAGGUCUCCCUGCCUCACUCGCCCUCUCCAUUCAUCUCUCUCUCCCUGGCUGGUCAAUAUGUCACCCUGCAGACCACCUUUGGUCUGACUGUGCGCUGGGAUGGAAACCACUAUGCUCAAAUCUCUGUCCCCAGGUGAGUCUCGGAAGAGAAGGUCAACAAAUC